AUGGUCUUUAAUAAGAGAGAAACGACGGGCGAAGGGCGGCCACAGGCCGAUGAAGAUGCACCGCCAGCAUACGACGAGACCACUCUGCUAGGAACAUCAAGCAGCCGUGCCAACGAUGCGGAAGCACCGCCUCCGGCACCACCAGCCAAGAGACCCGGGCAGACAACAAAACCGACAACAGGAACGACAACAGGACCGACAGUAGAAGAGCCCUUCAACUUUCCCUCCGUCUCCGACGCCGCAUUACCGCCCUACUCAACCCCAUCCGGCUCAAACAUUGCCAGCUCGAGUACCAGCACCCCACAGCAACAACAACAACAACACCACCGCCCCAUCGCCAUCCCCCAAACCCAACCCACGCCCACUGCCCCCUUCCUCCCCGCCUACGCGCCCUCUCUGCUCCGCCACGGCAUCCCCGCCACCUCAUUCCGCUCCUUCCUAUCCACACUAUCGGCAUUUCUAUCGUCGCGCGUGUCAGAGCGCGCCCUGCAGCACACGGCGGACAUGGCCCAAAACCUCGGCGCCGUCCCGCGCACCGUGGGCCGCGAGACCGCCGCGCACGCCCGGGACGUCGGCCGGAACAUCGUCACAGAGGCGCGACGGGGCAACCUCGUCGGCGCGGGCGUGAGCGCCAUCGUGCAGGGCGGUAUCGCCCUGCCGCUCGGCUUUGCGCUGCGCACCGUCGGCGCCAUAUUCUCGCUGCCGGGGGCCGUGGCGCGGAGACCGCUGACGCCGCGGGAGCGCGCGGAUGUGUAUGUUGCGUGUGCGAACCGGGACUGGUUCCAUCCGCGGGGGCUGCAUGCGGCGCUGAUGGAUGGAAGGGGGCUGGCGCAGGUUGUGGGCGGCGGUGUUGGGGCGGAGGAGCUGGUGGGGAGGGCGUGGGUUGGGGGUCAGGGGACGGGUGCGGGCGAUCAGAUGGCGGUGCUGGAGAGGUAUUUGGCGCCUUUGGAGAUAGCGAUGCCGGCGACGCCGAUGGGAUUGGAGGUCGGGACGUUGUGGUUGGUUAUGCUGCCGAAGGAUGUUGUUCAGUAG